AUGGCCUCAUACGCCCUUGAAACGCCAUUCAUCACACCAUUGACCUACCUCAGCUUAUUCGGGCUUGGGGCCGUCAUCAUGCGAGGUGCAGGCUGCACGAUCAACGACAUGUGGGAUAGGUCUCUGGACAAGGGUGUCGAUAGAACCAGGAGCCGGCCACUGGCUAGAGGAGACCUUACUCAAUCUCAAGCGUUAAUAUUUCUUGGGGGACAGUUAUCAGCUGGUCUGGGCGUGUUGGUUCAGUUGAACUGGUACAGCAUCCUCUUGGGAGCGUCUUCCCUUUCAGUGGUGACGAUAUACCCAUUCAUGAAACGUGUCACAUACUGGCCUCAGGCCGUUUUGGGUCUAGCAUUUAACUGGGGCGCUCUACUUGGUUGGUCGGCCGUAGCAGGUGCAGUCGAUUGGUCCGUUUGUCUUCCUCUAUACGCAGGCGGAGUCUGUUGGACGCUCGUUUACGACAGUAUCUAUGCCCAUCAGGACAAAAAAGACGACGUGACAGUCGGAAUACGGUCAACAGCGCUCCUUUUCGGUCCUCAGUCACGAACUAUCCUUUCGGCCCUUUCGGUUUCGUCAAUAUCACUCAUCACACUUGCAGGGUAUUUGAAUGCUCAUGGUCCUGCUUUUUACGUGGGAGUUGGGUUGGCUGCGGCGCAGCUGGCGCGUGUGUUGUAUCAUACGGAUUUUGAUGUGCGGGAGAGCUGUUGGAGGGGUUUUGUUGGAUGUGGGUGGUCUGGGUUUUGGGUUUGGAUGGGGGCAGUGGCUGAUUAUGUUUCGUUUCAAUUACCGCUGUGGUGA